GCCGCCCCUUCCGGGUGCAGCCGGGCCGGGCCGUGCUGUUCCGUGCCGGGCCGUGCUGAGCCUCGGCCUCCAUUCGUGGUUCCGGGACAGCCGAUGAUCUCGGUGCUGUCCCAGCCCUCGGAGCAGCGCAUGGACUUUCUGCCGCUCCUGCUGCUCUACCUGUGCCUCGUGCUCGCCGUCGCCGUGCUGUACUGCAGCCACGCGGGGAGAGGGGGCGGCCGCCUGGGCCGGGCUGCCAGCACUGCCGGCCAGGUAUUGUCAUUAAUAAUCCCCACUUGGCUCCAGGCUGUGACACAGAAGGUGCUCCUCAGGCUCUUUCACACACGGAACUAUUUGUUUGUUAUCCUGCACGUAGCCUUGCAAGCAGCAGUUUAUGCUGAAUACACAUGGGAAGUGUUUGUUUACUGCUGGGAGCUGGAGUUCCACCUGGUGCUGCUGCUGCUGCCCUACCUGCUGCUGGUUGGGAACAUGGGCUGCUUCGUUCUCUGCUCGUGUGCCAAUCCUGGUAUAGUAACAAAAUCAAAUCAUGCAUCACUGAUGAAGACUUAUGCAUAUGAUGGUGUCUUAUUUCAGAAAGGCACUGUGUGUGCUACGUGCAACAUGGAAAAGCCAGCCAGAUCAAAGCACUGCAGUUUUUGUGAUAUCUGUGUACAUCGUUUUGAUCACCACUGUGUGUGGGUCAACAACUGCAUUGGUGCCUUCAAUGCAAAAUAUUUCUUCCUCUACCUCUUCACCCUGACUGUGAUGGCUGCAACCAUUGCAAUCAUCACCGCGACGUUUCUCAUCCAAGUGGUGCUGCUGUCAAAUGUGAUGCACGGGACUUACAUUGAUGACCAAGGACAGGAGCACACUGUUGAGAUCCUCUUUCUCAUCCAGCACCUCUUCUUGACUUUUCCUAGGAUCGUCUUCAUGCUUGGUUUUGUUAUUCUUCUCACACUUAUCCUGGGUGCAUACAGCUCUUUCAACCUUUACUUGGCCUUAACCAACCAAACUUUCAACGAGUGGUAUAAAUCCAGAAGAUACAGGUAUUUCCAUCACCUAACACUGCAGCCUUGUGACACACAAGCUGUCUACAGAAAUGUUUACACUAAAGGAGUCUGGAUGAAUUUAAAGGAAAUCUUUAAGUCUCCUGCAGUGCUGGAAAGAAAGAAGAAAAAAUGAAGAUAAUGCUCUUCAUUUGUGGGUUGUGAGUUACUUUGGUAGAUCUUAUGUACAUCUUCCUGCAGGAGACCUUAGAGGAACAUAGCGUUGCCACACAUAUGGAAGUGGUAAAUGUCUGAAUGCACUGAUUUGUCUCUUACUUACACUGUGUUUGCACUGCAGAAAGAUAGUGAGUUACAGCUGACAGCAAUGUGCUGAUUAACAGUGCCUCAGCAGAACUCUAUUUAAGUUACUCAGUGAGAUCCUGCUAACAAACUUGCUGGAGAUGCAGGUGUGGACCAGCAGAUCACAGUGAGUUUCUCUGUACAGAAACAAGGGAAGAGCUUAACAAAGAGCUGUCGUGAGCUUUGAGGAAGCUUCAUCUUUUUGUGAGUAUCUUUGCUUGGCCGAUGUUUAAGCUGUUAACAGUGCGUAGGAGUUGCAUACAUUCAGCUACAAAACAGGAAUACUCAGAUUCAGCAGUUUGCAGAGUCAAUGUUGUACAGCAGAUUUUAACGAGUAUGAAACGCCUGGCUUUCAGAAGGGAAACUUAGCAUUACUAAAGUAGUGGACUUGUGAUAAAACAUCAGCAUCCUGAAAAGGGUAUUAAAAAUUGAGCUCUGGAGAUGCAGGUUCUGGCAGAUUACAAGCUUAAUCUGUCUGGCA